CGGUGCUGCGGGCUAAUGUUCCGGGUAGGCGGGCGGUUCCCCACCCCUCAACAGAGCGCUGCGGCCGGCCAUGGAGUGAGGCGGCAGUGGCGGCGGCCGGGGCGCGAGGCGGGUGAGCGCCAGCAGGCCGGGGCGGCAGAGGGACAAGGGGCGGCAAGACGGAGCCGCCGGACAGGAAGGCCGACCAGACUCGGGACGCCCGGACCCCCGUUGACCUCGGCCCCCCACCCACGCAGGGCCUGGACCCUUCCCUGCCCACCCUGAUCCCUGUAGGAGAUCCGAGCCUGUCCGAGGAGCCCUUUUGCUCCCCUCUGCUGCCCCAGCAGAGCCGGGCUCUUCCCUAGACUCUUGUGGGGGGCUCUGUCCUGUGCCCCGCACCUCGUCCCCCCUUCCCAGAAGAACCUCUCCCCUCCCGCUUCCCUCUCCUCCUCUCCCUCUUUUGCCUACUUCGGUAUCUCCUUCACUUUCCCCACCAAGCAAAGGGGCCAGUUCCGAGCCCCAUUUUGCAAAUCUGCAGAAGAGAGGGGCGCUUCUCCCUUGCAUGACCCAGCCGCCUCGAUUUACUGUUCUUCCUUUUGCCAUCUGCAAACUGGAAAGUGCCCUUUCCCCAAAGAGGAGUUGCGCUUUCUCCAGUCUGCUGUGUGGUGUGUGUCCCCGACACCCACCGGCUGCCCGCCUCCCAAGUUUGCAGUAUCCCUGUUUUAUGCUGUGCGGAGGGGAAGAUUGCGCCCAUGAGGGAGUACAAAGUUGUGGUUUUAGGGAGUGGGGGGGUGGGUAAGUCAGCCUUGACUGUCCAGUUUGUCACCGGGACGUUCAUUGAGAAGUAUGACCCCACCAUUGAAGACUUCUACCGCAAAGAGAUCGAAGUGGACUGCUCCCCGUCAGUACUUGAAAUCUUGGAUACCGCAGGGACGGAACAGUUUGCUUCCAUGCGGGAUCUGUACAUCAAGAAUGGCCAAGGAUUCAUCCUUGUUUACAGCCUAGUAAACCAACAGUCGUUCCAGGACAUCAAGCCAAUGAGGGACCAAAUUGUCCGUGUGAAGCGGUACGAGAAGGUUCCUCUCAUCCUGGUGGGAAAUAAGGUGGAUCUGGAGUCGGAGCGGGAGGUCCUGUCGUCAGAAGGCCGGGCGCUGGCUCAGGAGUGGGGCUGCCCCUUCAUGGAGACGUCGGCGAAGAGCAAAACCAUGGUGGAUGAACUCUUUGCGGAGAUUGUCAGGCAAAUGAACUAUGCGUCCCUGCCUGAAAAGCAAGAUCAGUGUUGUACAACGUGCAUCGUCCAGUGAGAGCGAGCGAGCAAAACCUCAAUCAUGGCCAUCCAGAGCAGAUGAAAACUCAGAGGAAGUUUACACAGAUGCUGCUUUGGAGAACUCUUUGUUUUCGCCCCAGGCUGCCCAACUGAGCCUUGCUAAAUCCUGUCUCUCUCUCUAGAGCACACUUCCAGGCACCGGAGUGCGAAAGGUCGCUGGCAUCCGCCGUGGGGAACCGUGGGCCUGCGACAGAAAUGCUCAGCAUCUUUACCAUACUCUCUUUCUCUCUCUCUUUUUAAAAAUCUGUUCUUUAAUCUCUCGGUCCUCUCAGUUUUUUUAAUAGCUUUCUAAGUUCCUAUUAAUGGCUAAUAUGCAAGAGUUCUUUUUAAAAAAAAUAUUUUGAUUUCUUCUAUUGAUUUCCAAAACUUGUAUUUAUUAAACUUUAAAAAAACAAAAAACUCAGUAUUACCUACUCAAUGCCUUUUUAAGAGAAAGUUUUAAUGGAGAAUUAAAGUGAGCCUUAAACGAAUGGUUACUUCUGUAUAGUACCUCACAUUCAUGCUUGAUUUGCAAAAAAAACAAAGUAUUCCCCCCUCCCCCCAAAUGUCAUUGGUUGAAACUUUGAAAUGUUCUGUUUUUCCUUGCGAUGCAGUCAUAGAAAGAUACAGGAGAAUCCACUUAUGUUGUAAGGAUGUAAAAUUCCUCUUCACAGCAAGUGUGGCAGUUUGUGUGUUCAGUGUGUCUCAAACUUGGAUCCCCAGAUGUUGUUUGGACCACAACUCCCAUCAUCCCCUGCCACCAUGUUGCAGGGGAUGAUGGGAGGAGUAGUCCAGACAUCAUCUGGGGACCCAAGUUUGAAAAGCACAGUGCCUGACCUGAUGUGAAGAUGGAGGAUUACGUGACAGGAACUGAGGACAUCCUGUAAGUUGUAUGUGUGGUUUUUCUCUUAUCACAUGGUAUUCAAAUUCUGUGUUCUGUUUUGUGUUUUAACCAAUGCUACCAUAGUAUUGAAAACCACCAGUACAUCCCUUUCUUUGGUGGUGGUGGUUCAGCUUACCACCUCCUGAUUUCUGAUAUGCUUUUUCCCAAUAUGCCUUCUUGGAAAGGGAGAAUGCAUUCCCACGGGGUUUGUAUUCCUGAGCAAAAUCCGACUCUGGUUUGCUCAAUAGGAUUAAGACAUCUGGUGAAUUUUCACACAUGUCAACCAAAUGCAAAUAAAAUUUACUUUACACUUUCUAAUUCUUAAAUGGUCUCUGCUAAUAAUAUUUUGAAGCAAUAUCUAUCCUUUGUUUGCCCUGUGUUGCACUGGGUGGUUCUAUUUUAAUUUUAUUUUUUAUUUUAUUGGUGUUUCCAGUGAAUAACUGAGUAUUAAUUGGCAUAACAGGGCGAUAGUGUGAGCGGUAAUGCCAUGCGAAAAAUGCAUUACUCGGCCUUUGCCUUCUGCACAGUUUACCUGAUUUAACCUAUUUUGUCUGGAUACUUGAAAUCUUUGAACAGCAACACAGGUAUCGAGCAGAAUGAAGAAUAUAUAUAAAUAGUUGAAACCUUUGGAUUUAUUAACACAGCUUUCUCCCAGUUUGAAUAACCCACAGCUCGUUUAACUGCACCAGAGUUACAGGUUUAAGAGCCCAACUAAGUCAUUUGAACUAAUUGACUUAUUCUAAGUCAUUAGAGUAAGUCGUAUUCCAAUUUAAUAUGAAUACAGAAUCCUCCUGCAAUAGCAGAUAAAGAUGGGCAGUGAAUUCUCUCUGUUAAGUACCUGUCUGAGGUGAGGCAACUCAGUAAUUUAACGAAAGAGAGGCACCAGCUGCAGAGAAGAAAAAUAAGUUUUAACAUUGGAUCUCCAGAUUCCUGAAUUUGCAAGGGUUUACAUGAAGCUGACGUUAGGUUUGCACUUUAAUAGAAUACUUAAACCGGAAGACUGUUCUCAAAAUAUAUUUACAUGGUGAUGUGUUAACAGAUGUGCCAAGGAAACGCAGAAGUCAAAUGAGCUGUCAGUCUUAAUUUCCUGUAAGUGAGAAGGAAAGGAAAGUCGCAUUGCUUGAAACUAGCGGCUCUUCCUCUAUUUUGACUGAUAUCUUUAGUUACAUUUUUUAAAAUUACACUCUGUUUUUAAUUGAUCUCUGCACCUGCAACUGGCAUGUUAACAGAGAAGGCAAAACUUGCAUCUGAGGGCAGCCGCUUCAGUAGUGCAGCUUGGAAUAAAGGACCAAACAGUUAGAUGAAGUUUCUCGUAGGCUGUAAGGCAGAACUGGAGGCUCAUGUGACACGUUUUCACAGCACGCUGACCUCUGUCUCACGAGCACUGUGCCUCCGAAUGAAUGAAUGAAGUCUGUGUAUAAACUCCCUCAAUUUCAGUGGGGCUCGCUGAAGGGAAGGUUGCUGGUGGAUUGGGUCCUUCUGUCCUCUUCGGACAUCUGUUUGGGGUUCAAAUCACUGUGGUAGGGCUCUUCAAACACAAGGUGUGUUUGGGUAUCUCUCAAACCAUCUCAAGACAACUAUUCCCUUUUUGCAGGGGUUCUCAAACAUGGGUCUUGGGCUGUUGGUGGACUGCAACUCCCAUCAUCCCCAGCCACAACGGCCCAGCUGCUUUGAGGAGAUGAUGGGAGUUGUAGUCCAUGAACAUCAGGAGACCCACAUUUGAGACCCCCUGCCUUACUGAGAGGUGGCGAGGAUGUAUUCUGGGCCAGUUGUGCCCCUUUGAUGCAUCUUAUUCCUUGCCGGCCUCGCUUUGUGUCUUUCUGGCUGCCCAGGGCGCAUGAACACGGCCGUCUGAUUUUUAUUCUUAUUUUUGAGAAACACUUCCUGGGGGUGCAAUAGCAACCUUUUGCAUGGAAGCAGCUAAUGGCCCGAUACGCGUGAAGCCUGCAAAUACCUACACGUAUCCAAUGUACUGUAUCCUCCUUGGUAAAAAGUGAAAAUCUGAAAAUUAGCAAAUGAAAAGGUCGAAAAAAUGAUCUAAUGCUUUGUAAACCUCCCAAAAAAGCCUCCUUUUCCCCCUGAUUCAUCCUUAUUUUGUACGACAACCCUGCAAUCCACCUGUUUGUAACUUUUUCUAAUAAAAUAGAUACCUGUAUUACCAAAA